UACUAGUUAACCAUCACAUCUCUCGUUCGUUUUCAAAAGCAUAGUUCUUCAAGCAUUGUAAAGUUACGACAAAUUUUCUAUGCUGUUUGUUUUUAGUGCUUCAUGAAUGUACGGUCUGCAAAAUGUAUAAAUCAGACGAAGUAUAUUUAGUUUGAUGGUUUAUUUUUCUACGCCGGCCCAAAACCGGAAACUUUGAGUUUUCUCAUAGACAGCCCCCGUAAUUGUAUUCUGCAAGAUGGAGGACCUCGCUGUGGAAGUGUGCGGCGAGAAUGGCGCUUACUACAAGGCUUACAUAACCGAUGUUCAUGAUGAUGAAGUAACAGUAGCUUUUGAAAAUGAUUGGCAACCUGAAAGUAAAUUUCCAUAUCACCGUGUAAGGCUACCACCUGCACCUCCGAAAGAUGACAAGCCUGCUAGUAUGACAGAAGGUCAAGAAGUUGAGGUAUUUUCUCGAGCUAAUGAACAAGAAGCAUGUGGAUGGUGGCGAGCUUUGGUGAAAAUGACAAAAGGUGACUUUCAUGUUGUCGAAUAUCUGGGGUGGGAGACCACAUAUACAGAAAUCGUACCUAGUGACAGGUUACGGCUAAAAAACACUAAUCAACCCAUCACUAAGGGCACAUUUCAUCAGUUCGAGAUUCCUGUACCUGAAGAUGUGCAAGAGUACUCUAAACUUGAAUCUGCUCAUAAAGAAUUUAAAAAGGCGAUAGGUGCUGCUGUAUGUAAAUACAAUGCCGAAAAGAAAUGUCUACAGAUUAUAUUUUUUUCUUCCCAGGGUAGACAUGAUGGAUUAAAGAAAAGAGCUUGUAUGCUUAGUGAUAUGCAUUUUCGGAAUCUUCGUCAAAAGGUUUUGUUAUUGAAUAGGACGGAAGAAGCAGCUCGCCAACUCGAGAGUACUCGCCUUCACUCAAAUUCGGGCUAUGGUGAAGAAUUCACGGUACGAGAGGAUUUGAUGGGAUUAGCCAUUGGUGCUCAUGGAGCUAAUAUUCAGAAUGCAAGGAAGCUAGAUGGAAUCACUGGAAUUGAUUUGGAGGAAUGCAGUUGUACUUUCAAAAUAUUUGGCGAGACGCAGGAAGCAGUAAAAAAAGCUAGGAGUAUGUUAGAAUAUGCUGAAGAAUCUGUUCAAGUGCCUCGAAUGCUUGUAGGGAAAGUUAUUGGAAAAAAUGGUCGCAUUAUUCAAGAAAUAGUUGAUAAAUCUGGUGUGGUAAGAGUUAAAAUUGAAGGAGAUAAUGAAAACCAGUCUCCAAGGGAAGAGGAGGGACGAGGGCCAUCUCAGCAUAGAACAGGUAAAGGAUCAAUGGAUAUGCAAGUCCAUAGAAAAUCUACACCGCAUUCCAGCAUGACAGACAGAACAUCUGGGCAUUUGGUGGAAGGCACUAUUACAGAAAGAAACUUUAGUGUACCGUUUGUAUUUGUCGGAACAAUAGAAAGCAUAACAAAUGCCAAAAUAUUACUGGAGUAUCACUUGGCACAUUUAAAGGAGGUAGAAAAGUUGCGCCAAGAAAAAUUAGAAAUAGAUCAACAACUUCGAAGUCAAGUAGGUUCUGUACAGAAUUUUCCCGUUCCACGCCGACCUGGUCCAGAAAGAAAUUAUAAUUCUGAAGGAGAUUCAGGAAGGGGUCGAGGUGGAGGACCCCCACGAGGAAGAGGUCGAGGUGGUGGGCCUGGCCCUGUUCGAAGAUGGGGAGGCGAUUCCCGCUUUAAUAACAGUACAAGUAAUCAUCCAGCAACACUGAGUGAUUUUAUAGGUAAUGCUGAUAAACGUGGUGGACAGAAUUCCUACCAGAGAGGUGGGGUAAGCCGAGGACGGGAGAGAGGUGGUGGUGACAAUAGCUCACGUGGUUUGCCAAACAGGAAAUGACCAUCUUGCUAGCACCAGCAGAAGUUUUACUACUCUGAUACCUUAUCUUGAAAAAAACUAAGCAGCAUUUUCAUAUAGUGCUGUUCGUAUUUUGACUUGGACUAACCUAAGUUUCACUGUUGUUGACCAGUUGUUAUUAAAAAAAAAAAAAAAAAAAAAAAAGCUGAUAAUUGAUUUAUCAUGAAAUGUCCCACUCACUUAUGUCCAUACCUCCUGAUAUGUCUCUCAAAGCUAAGAGCUAAGUAAGAAAAGUGUAUGAUCACUUGUCAACUAGAGCGUAAGCUCCCUUUACAGCAGCAGGCAGUAGUUUUUCAACAGUGCACUUACAGGCUUGGUGAGAUGUUCUCCACUGUUAUCAUUGACUUGAUGUGCAGAGGGAAUGUCACUUACCAGCAUGAGACUAUUGCCUUUGCAUACUUUUUUAUCUGAAAAUUUUCUACGUCUUUGCGUGAUUUUUCUGUGGACAUUCAGAAAUAUUUGAAAUUGCCUAAUUUCAGUAAUUAUCUACUUCUGUUUGGUGAUAGCAGUAUAUUAUUACUUUUUGCUAUUUGUGCAUGUAUGUUUUCUUUGUAUAAAAAUUUUUACAACAUUCAGGAUUUCUAAGAAUUGCUGAAAAAGUCACCAUAGUGAGAGAUUUUUAAACUUUCAUUUUCAACUUUUGUCUGGUAAUAUUUUAUUGACUGUUUGUGACAUUUCCAGUAUUUUGCAUUAACAUCUAUUUACGUUAGGCUUUCUGACUUUGAAAUGCCUUAAAAUAGUGCACUGUUAUAAAUUGAUUUUUUUUCCCUUUCUUUUAUUGUGUAUUUUUAUGAGAGCAGCUAUAAAUACUUCUAAAAUUAAUUUCUGUAGACAUAAAACCUGUAAAUACCUGCUUUUGGCUUUGUAGAGAGGAAAAUUUUUUGGAAAAGUUUCAAAUUCUUCUAUUUUUGUGUUUAUUGCAUUAUGUUGGCAGAGAUAGUCCUUGAACAUGAUAUCUUUCAAGUCUGCAGUGUGAAACAUGGUAAUAUGGAUGUAACAGUGCAUCAUUAUUUCAUCACCAAAACAUCUUGAAGGAGACAGAAAUUAAAGAAAUUGAUUGAAAUAAGAAACUGAAAAUUUGAUGCGGACCUUUUCGAUACCAUAAAGAGUGUGAUUGAAGCAUUCUUUACGUGAGAUCAAACUAGAUUGUGACAUAAAACCAAAGCAGAGAAGAAUAUAGACUGUAUGGCAGGAUCCGGUGAGUGUACUACUUAUUCCAUUACUGUGACUUGGACUUAGUCGCCCAAUAGACAAAAGCAAGUUUUUUCCCUGUCCCGAAAGUGUCAUGUUAUCCAGGAACUGUGAUAUCCUACAGUGAAGGAUAUUAAGACAUCCUAUUUGCAGAGGAGUCUAGAUAUAGCAUAAGAAACGAAGUUAAUGUGUACAAAAAGAAGAUUGUCAGAAACAUUGACUCUAAAAUUGAGAGUUUGAGUUACUGAUGUCUUCUCAUUUCUACAUUGUUUGCUUUUAUAUUGAAAAAGUAAUGUUCCUCAGGUUGUAAUAAAGCUGCCAUGUUGGAAA